GAACACGAGAUCCUCGGCAGCACGGAGGACUGCCGGGAGCACCGCCACGGGGCACCCGCGCUGCGCGCCCUCCCCCACCGGCUUUAAAGCCUACUUUGAUUCCAGCCCCUUUCCUCUUGCUCCUCGGAAUCCCUUCCCCCUCCGCCACUUCCGGAUGGGAACCCUUUUAAACAUUCUUUCAAGUUGAAGCGUGGGACCAAUUUCGUCAACACAUUCCGGAGUGAACAACAUGGCGGCGGCCGCAAGAUGCCUCGGUAGAGUCUUGAUAUAUCAUCAAAGGCAUAGUCUUUCCAAGUUGGCUUCUCAGAUGUCUCUUUAUCCUUGCUCUGUAUGUGUUCUGGUGCCCAACAGACAUUUUGCUGCUGCUGUGAAGCCUGCAAAGAAAACAAAAAAAGGUGCCAAAGAAAAAGCAUCAGAUGAGAAAAAGGAUGAGACAGAAAAAAUAAAGUCAUAUCCCUUUAUGGAAGGUGAACCUGAAGAUGAUGUCUACCUGAAACGCUUAUACCCAAGGCAGAUAUACGAGGUGGAGAAAGCUAUUCAUUUACUUAAGAAAUUUCAGGUUCUGGACUUUACUAAUCCAAAGCAAGGCAUUUAUCUUGAUUUGACACUGGAUAUGGCAUUGGGGAAAAAGAAAAAAGUGGAGCCAUUUGCCAGUGUUCUUAGUUUUCCAUACCCAUUCAUUUCAGAAAUCAAUAAAGUUGCUGUAUUUACAGGGAAUGCAUCAGAGAUUAAAAUAGCAGAAGAAAAUGGAGCUGCGUUUGCAGGAGGAACUAAUCUGAUUCAGAAGAUUUUAGAUGACGAAAUUCAACCAGACUUUUAUGUAGCUGUUCCAGAAAUAAUGCCUGAGCUUAAUCCAUUAAAGAAGAAACUGAAAAAAAGAUUUCCUAAGUUUACUCGAAAUUCCGUUGGCCGGGACAUCCCCAAAAUGCUUGAAUUAUUUAAAAAUGGACAUGAAAUUAAGGUAGAUGAAGAAAGGGAGAACUUUCUGGAGACCAAAAUAGCAACACUGGAUAUGUCAAGUGACCAGAUAGCUGCCAAUCUGCAAGCAGUUAUCAAUGAAGUUUGUAGGCAGAGACCACUGAAUCUGGGACCCUUUGUGGUACGUGCUUUCCUUCGAAGUUCAACAAGUGAAGACAGAGACAGAGAGAGAUACAGAGAAACAGAGAGAACAUGCACACACAUGAUGUUAUAAAAUUUCUACAAGUGACAUUCCUGAGUUAAAAGGUAUGAUGUGGCCAAAGGUAUAAAUUAUGUCUUAGAAAGGUGCCUUUUUGAGCAGAACAAACCAGAACAAGGAAAUAUGGUUGGAAAACUUGCUCUGGGCAGGAACAUUCCAGGGUCUUAUUAACUGGUCUAUGAAUAAAUUAUUCCCUAACCUCCCAUUAGAGCAUUUUUCCUAUUGGCUGACUAGAACUAAUGUUGAGUGCUCCUAAUAGUAUGCUUCUGGAAAAAUAGGAGAAUUGCACUAGGUUACUCUUCAUGUAAAUCUCUUUCUCUUUUGUAUUAUUAAUGUAUUUUAUUCUUUCUUAGAAAACAAUAAAUUAAAAUCUUAUAGUUAAAAAGAGUAAAAAGUUUAAAAAUACAUAUUAAAAUACUCGUGAUUCUCAAACGUUAGCCUGCAUCGAAAUCACCUAGAGGGCUUGCAAGCACAAAUUGCUGGGUUCCAGUUAGCAAUCUGGAAAAAAAGUUGCAGAUUUACAUUUCUAGCAAGUCCCAUUGCCAAACCCAAGUUUGUGUGCCCAACGACACGCAGUGAGACCAGACAAACUGAAAUUUCAGAGUUUGAGCAGAGAAGGGUUGAUUUGCAAGGGCUGAGCAAGGAGAACAGGCAGCUAGUACUUCAAAAGCCCAAAUUUUCUGAUUGUGUUCUAAGAGGUGUUUGAAUAGGCAAAACUUUGGGGGGGAGGACUGCAGGAUGUGUGACCUUUCUCUGAUUGGUUGAUGGUGAGGUAACAGGGUGAUGUCCCAGGAACUUCAACCAUCAGCCUUCCAGUUCCAACCAAUCUGAGGUCCACCUGCUUAUGCUCAGCCUGAAGUUGCUGUCCUCCACCUGUACUGGGGCCUUAGUUCCUGUGGAAGAACUAUCAGAUUGUUAUGUGUAUCCCUUGAGGAGGAACCAGGACCCUGCCCCACUUCUGCACUAUUGUUUCUUGACUACCUUUCCUUUGUUUCUACAUUCCCUCACUCUUCUAGUUAAUAACUGUUUGAAUAUGCCCUUUGGAACUCAGAGAAGGUCUAGGAGUCUGAAAACUUCUUCAGCAGACAAGAAAUGGGGGACCCAGAAAAGCAUCUGUACUCGGGAGGGCCGCAUAGGGCCCUGUUCAGUUUUGCUCCCAGAUGAUGAUGAUAUUGCUGGUCCAGGGACCACACUGAGAACCACUGGUAUUUACAAAUGGAUCUUUUAAGCCUUGAUUAAAAAAUCUUUGGUAUCAGCAUCAAUUUAUUUUAAAAUUCAACUGAUAAUUCUGAUGCAGCAGGGUUGAGAAUCACUGGUAUAUGCAAUUAACCAAGUUAUAAAAGAUGAAAAUUUGUAGUAAAAGUCAAGAUUUUAAAAGGCUGAGGUGGAGAAAAAUAAUGCACUGAAUUUAAGAGCCAGGACUGGUUUCUAGCUUUCUGGUCUAUCCCUAUGUGUAAACAGUGUAAAUUCCUUUGGGAAAAUAAUUCAAAAUCUGAGAUUUUAUAUAAAACAAGGACAUCAUAAGAUAAUCACCAGUGUACUUUCUAACAAAAAUUUUGUGAUAUACCUUUUUUAGGUGGCAUUUCAUGUUGUUAGAAAUGAUGUGCUAUAACAUUUACUAAUAUAAACAUAUAUAUAAACAUAAAUUUAAUGGUAUUACUUAGCAUUAUCUUGUUAAAGACCAAGUGCUUGAGGUGAGAUGGGGACACCUAUACAAUAGUGAUUGUUUAAUAGCAAGUCGUUAAUCACAGUGUUCAGUAGGUGGCAGUAAAACCUUUCAUAAAUGUGUGCUUACUGGUAAAUACUUGUUUUCUUUAUAGAGUCCUUGGAGCUUUGUUUAUUUGUUAAUUUUUUUUUUCCUUUUUCUGUUUUGGGCAUGUUACAGAGGUCGCUUUAGUUGUCACUCUGUAAUCAUUUUUAGAAUUAAAUUCGUUUCUGUUUUAACUUUCAUUAUAGAUUUUUCAAAUAUAUAGAAAAAAAGAACUUGCUUUUAUUAACCACUCAGCUUCAGCAAUUACCAACAUUACGCUCUUGUUCUAGUUAUAUCUAUCCCUUUCGUCCACAUACUACUCUCCUGCUUGUCCUCCUCCUUGCUAGAAUAAUUAAAAGCAGGUCCCAUAUAUCAUAUCACUCAACCUGUAAGAGUUUUAAGAGUAAUCAAGCUAUAAUUAACAAGAAGAUUUUAGGUCCAUUUUUCAGAACCCAUUGUUUUUGUGUUCUGCUCUGGCUGUUGAAGGCAUUUAAGUUUUUUGGACUGCAUUUUUUGCAUAAUGGGCAAAACACCUAUUCCUAGUGCUUUGAGAAGUUAGAGUACAUAGUAAAAUAAUUAGCCACAAAAGGUUGUAUAUAAAUGUCAAUACUUUAAAAAACAAGAAGGAAGAAGUUAGUAUCUUCCGUUAAAUUGUUUUUGAAUCAAAAUAUAAAAUUAGAAAUAUAACUAUUAUAAAGAAUAGGUUGAAGUAAUAUUCAAUUUUCAUGUGAAGAUAUCGAAAGGAAUAAAAAGUUUUACUGUAUUUUAUUAAAAAAAUAGAAGCACAUUAAAUAAAGUAAGCAAGUAAAGAAAGGAAGAACACAAAGAAUUUAAAGGAAACAAUGACCCAUAAUUCCUUGAAUAAGCACUUAACAUUUUGUUAUACUUUCUUUUUUCCUUCUUCCCGGUGGAGGCCUCCUUUUCCCUCGGAAGUAACAUGGUUGUGACCAUGUUGGGCCUAGAGUAGGAUGGGAGAUACCUUGGCUUUGGAGGUUUCCCAUGCUUCCAACUCUUUAGUCACUUUUAUUUGAAAAAAGCCAACCAAAAGCAAUUUUCAAGUAUUUGCUAAAUGAAAGGCCUAAGAUUUUCUGUAUCUCAUUAUAUCUUACAUAAAACUUUAUAACAUUGUUUCCCAAAUUGGUACUUUACUGAAAAUUAAUUUAUAUGAAUUUUAAAUUAAAUAGAAUAACCCAGUGUUUUCCAAAGGGCCACAAGUAUACCAUUAGUGGCAAGAAAUACCAAGAAAUGAAUUUCGAUGGUAAAUGAACCACAUCUUAAAAUUAAUAGUUAAGAAUGUCUCUGAUAUAUUAUCGGAAAAUAGGACUAGCACGUGAAGACUGUGAUUUCCUGGAUAUCAUUGCCUAGGAUGAUAUUGCCAAGGUGAUUCUUUGUAAAGUCUAUUUUAGAAUGUUAAGUAAAUUUUAUUAAUAUAUAAAUUAUAUAAACUGCUUUCCAAAGUGGUUAUACUGUUUUGGAUUCCCUCCAGUAAUGCUUAAGGGUCCCAGUUUCUCCACAUGCUUGUCAACACUCGGAACUGUCUUUUUUAUUAUAGCCAUUCUAGUGAGUGUGUAGUAGUCAUACAUGUUUUAAUUUGAAAAUUAAAUUUUUUUUCCUAGCAAAAUUUCUUUUGCUAAGAAAAUAUUUGGGGAUAAGUUACAGUUUUAAAUGUGUGCGACUGGGAAGAUGGAGUAUGUUUAUACUGUGAAGCUCCAGAAGUAGAGGUAGAACUAACAUAGUCUUUAUAGAGAAGCAAAUUCUGGCAAAAAGUUAAGCCAGAGUUAAGUGCUAUGGACUCUUGCAAAGUUGUAGUGACUUUUUAUUGAAUGUAUUUACAUCCAGGUGUGUCAGUGUUCCCUCAGGUACAGUUAACAGAAAUUAAAGAGGAAAUGUAAUAUAAGUAUAUAGAAUGAUUCACAGAAUCUAAGGAAAACUUCAUCAACUGGUACUUGAUUGGAUAGGAUGCACCCAGCUUAAGAGAUCUAAGCAGCAGGAACCAAUGGGCAGCUUCCUUAGAGAGCUGUUGUCAAAGUGAAUCAGCUCUGUUGUUUGACCCUCUGUUACUCAAGAUUUAAAUUUUAAGAAGAGAGAGUCUGCUUGGUCUAGUUUAGUCUAAACGCCCACUCCUUGGUUAGGAGAAGGCAGAAUUGAUCAUCUCACCAGAAUUGCAUGCAGUAGGGUAGAAGAAAUUGCCCAGAGCAAUACUGAAAUACCUUUACCAAAAGAAGGGUGUUAGGCAGGCAAGACCAAUAGAUGCCCAGUAUGCCAGGUCACUACCUCUGAUGAAUGCCUAGGAAGAAUUAGUAGCAAUGGUAGGAAGGUCAACAAAUCUCUAAGAGUCACUCAUUCCUUGAAUAUUUAUUAAAUAUCUCCAUCUAUGAUUUCUAUAAAUCAAUAACUAUUUCUUUGAACUAAAAGUAUUUACUUUGUUACUCUAAAAGUAUUUUUAUGUACAUAGCAAAUAUUCUUUGAAUGCAAAAAUAAUGUUGCCCAUUUAUUGUUUUGGAGGGGAGAAAUGUCAAUUUCAUUUUAUUAAACAUAAAUAGAAAGACAUGAACAGAUUCCCAUGGAAAAAAGAUUCAAUCAGAACAAAACUUCUGUGAUUCUCACUCAGCCUCCCUGGUGGCUCUGUAUGGAUCAUCUAUGCUUGUACAAGUUAUGUUCCUGCAUUUACACAGUUGACUGCCUGUUGGCAUGUGUAAGUUUUUCAUAUUUAAAAACAGAUGGUAUGAGCAAGUAGUGCUUUAAGGUAGUUGCUAAAAUAGUAUCGUGACUAAGAGCAUGGACCCUAGAGACAAGCUGAGGAUUCAGGCUCUAGCUCUGUGGCGUAGCUGUACAUUGUUGGUGUUGCCCAACAUCUUUUAUUGACUUACAGCAUAAGUUCAGAAAUGGGGAUUCAGCCUGAUGAGUUUUCCCAAAGUGAGCAUGUACCUCGUGUAUGGAUCAAAAAGUAGAUAAUACCAACACUUCAGGAACCCCGUUGUUCCCUCCUUGAAAACUGCUCCCAUUCAGGUAACCACUACCGUGACUUCUAAGGCCAUAUAUUUCUUAUUCUUGUUUUUAAACUUUACCUAAUGGAAUAAUAAUUACUAUAUGUAUUUUUGGGCUGAGGUCCAGGUUCAUUCAAUAUAUUUAUGAAAUUCAUCCGUAUUGAGUAUAUUUGUAUUUUGUUCAAUCUCAUUGCUGUUUAAUAUUCCAUUGUGUGAAUGUACCAUGAUUUAUCCAUUCUACUGUUGAUGGACAUGUGGAUCCUUUACAGCUUGGAGUUUUACAAAUAAUGCUGUUAUGAAUAUUCUUAUACAUGUCUUCUGGUGAAGUUUUAGGGCUAUUACAAGUAAUGUUACUUAUUAACAUUCUUUUUCACUUCUUUUGGUGAACAUAUAUAUGCAUUCUGUUAGAUAUACACCUAAGAGUGAAACUGCUGGAUCAUGUUAGGUAUAUAUUCAUAUUUAGUAGAUAAUGCUUUGCAAUUUUCUGAAGUAGUUGUACCAAUAUAACUUCCAACAGUAUAUAUAAGAAUUCCAACUAAAUCAUAUCUUCGCCAAUAAUUGGUUUAUCUUUUUCAUUUUCACCAUUUUUCUGAAUGUGACAUUGUCCAGUAAUUUUUGAAGAGUAAAAAAUCCCAUUAGUGAGGGAGACAGAAUUUAGGAUAUCACUCUCCACUGGCUACAGUUGGCUCUUAGGUUGGGUGGAAGCCUGGUUGGGCACACCUGUCCUAGGAGUGAGGGGGUGUUGGCAUGUCAGUUCCUGAGUUUUCUUCUAGGGCUAUUUCCAAGCCUGGCUCUUGCAGGCUCUCCCCUGCCCCAGCCCAGGCCUGCCCUUCUCCACUAUCCCCUCCCUGCAUCUGGGCCCACAUACCCUUUGGGAAAAGGGAGCACCUGAGAAACAAUACAGGGGCUUGUCUCUUGAAUCUUGGCCACUGGUCUGGGCAGAGACUGGAGUGGGAGCCACAAGGGUCAGAUAGUUUUCCCAGGAGAAGCCCUGUGCCUUCUUUCCUCCCAGGGUCACCAUCUUCCUGGCUCCUCCUGCCUGUGCCCUCUUGGGCCUCCCAGCCCCGUAUGUCUUCACUGCUGUUUGUAUUAAAAGCCUCUGUUUUAUUCCUGUCCAAAAAAAAAAAAAAAUUAUAUGGUGAUCUAGAGUUUUAUGGGAUUUAUGAAAUAACUUUUUUGUUAAAAAAAAUUAAAAGAAAUGGAAGAAAUCAA